AUGGCUGAUGCAAGUGAUUCGGUAUCUGGUUCGGAAGAUGAGUUCAAUUCUCCCGAAAGCCCAGGUCCUUCAACAUUAAGACAAAGUAAUAAAUCGACCAGGAAAGACAGUGGAGCCGCAAAGUACAGAUCCAAAUUUAGCACUGCUUGGAAAAAACAAUACCCUUUCAUCAAUGAAGUAAGAACAGAUAAACACAGCUUUUACUGCACAAUCUGCAAGCAUAAUGUAAAAUACGGUCACAUGGGUCUUUCGGAUGUACAACAACAUCUUACUACAUCAAUGCACCAACGAUAUGCAAAGACGUAAGAUCGCAGACAACCCUUUCUUUUCAUUCAUUAUCAAGCCCUGUAACUGAAAAGGAAAAUCUGUUUUUAUUUAAAGAUAAAUUUAUACUUCCUUAUACUAUCUAAUGAUUAUCCAUUGUAAAUAAAGUUUUCCCUUUUUUGUUGAUGUACCUAGACCAUACGUGCUGAAGUUAAAGUUGCCACAAUGCUCGUCCACUUGCAGUCGCUGAUGAACUUACACCACUUUUUCAAGAUAUUUUCUCUGACAGCGAAAUCGCCAAGAACUAUUCCUCUAGAAGAACAAAAACCGCUUGCAUUAUCAAUGGCACUGUUGCUCCUUUCUUCCAGCAGAGUCUUGUUGAACAUGCAAAGAAUAAUCCUUUCUCUAUUGCAAUUGAUGGCUCCAGCGAUAAUGCUCUUGAAAAAAUUAAUCCUUUGACAGUUCGAAUUUUUUAUGUCAACCGCGGAAAUGUCUACACCCAGUUCCUUGAUAUGUGCAUGUCUUCCUCGUCCACAGCAGAAGGAAUAUUUUCAAAAAUGGAGGAUGCCUUCACUACACAUGAUGUUUCAUGGAACAACUGCGUUGGUUUAGGAGUGGAUAAUACCUCUGUCAAUAUGGGUUGCAGAAAUUCAAUAAAAACUCGUGUUUUGGAAAAGAACCCGGCAAUCUAUAUUAUGGGUUGUCCCUGUCAUACAAUACGGCAUUAA